UGUGGAUCUUCGCUUAUUAGUUCUUCAAUUUUGAUUUGGGUGUUAAAUUCUUUCAGGGGUUGGGUUUUUUUUUUGGUCAAGUAGAAGAAAGUGUACAAUGUUCACCCAAGCUCUUGACAAGGAUGGGUUAAGAUGGGUUCGCCAGGGCGGUGCCGCCAAGAACGGAGGUUUUUUCGGCGUGAUGAUGGCAGCAAGACAAACACUUGAACCCAUUCACAGUUUAAGAAAUGGUGGAUUGCCUCCUUCAUCGAAAUUUAUUAAUGGACAUUUAUCUUCUAAUGUAGUUCAAGUGUCUCAGAGAAUACCUGUUAGUGGCAAUGAUUAUGGUUCAGAAUCAGACAUGGACAUUUCAUCUGAUUCCGAUGAGCAUGGCUGUGACGGGCAAUAUUCAUUCAUUUCAUCUCCGCAAGAUGAUAAGGUGCCAAAUGGAGUGACUGCUAAACAUGCUGCUUCAAUGCAGAAAUCAGAGGCUCGUGCUCAUAGUGGAACUCAGCUAAAACUAGCAAAUGGUGCUCAGAGACCAGCACAGGUUUGUGGUGUGAAUCCGGAGACCGGAAAAGAGCAAUUUUUGGAUUCUGCCUGUAGUACUGAAGUUUCGUUUAUGCAGCAUAGAAGCAACAAUGGUUUUUCUUCUCAUAUAGAAUCAUAUAAGUCAGAUAGUUAUUCUUCUACAGUUACUUCUAGGGUUUUUCAUACUGGAAGAAUGCAGAAGAUGGAACCUUCUCACAGUGAUACCAUUCUUCUGGAUAACAACAGGGAUGAGAUCCUUGACCGAUCAGUCAGGGCCGAGGAACAUGAGGGAACCAAUGAAUCUACUAAUAAUUUGCCCAUACGUCGCCCUAUAUUCCAUGCAAGUGGGCUUGGUCCAUGGGUUGCAGUUCUGUCUUAUGAUGCUUGUGUUCGUUUAUGCUUAAAUUCAUGGGCCAAAGGCUGCACGGAAGCGGCUCCCUACUUUUUGAAUCAAGAAUGUUCAGAGUUGCGAAAAGCAUUUGGUUUGCAGAAUGUACUACUGCAACCCGAAGAAGAGUUAUUGGCAAAACAGUCUUCUGAGUUAGUAAGUGAGGCAGCUGCUCCUAAAUCAAAGAGGUUCAUUGGCAAAAUGAAAGUGCAAGUGCGUAGAGUCAAAAUGGGUUUAGACCCUCCUCCCGGCUGCAAUCUGUCUAUAAUGAAGAUGGAAUCCCUUCAUCACCGUUUCUGCAAAGUAAACUCAAUGUUGUAUUCUGGAUGGGAAGCUCUUCGGAAAGUUCGAGUAACUCCCAAUACUCCUGCGAACGGUUCUCUUUCAAAGCAAAGCCUAGCUUAUCUGCAGGCAAGCAGCCAGUAUAUAAAAGAGGUAUCCAAGCUCUUGAAAACUGGAGUGACUACUUUGCACAGUAAUUCAACAUCAUAUGAAGUAAUUCCAGAAACGUAUUGUUGCUUGGUGAAGUUGAAAAGUUCAUCUGAGGAUGAUGUGAUCAAAAUGCAACCAGGAUCCAGCGAAACUCAUGUGUUCUUACCUGAAGGGCUUCGUGAUGAUUUGAUUGUCAAAGUUCACGACUCCAAGGGGCAGUAUUGUGGCCAUGCGCUAGCACAAGUGGUCUCUCUUGCUGAUGACCCUGGUGACAAGGUUCGAUGGUGGCCGUUAUAUCGUGAGCCAGAACAUGAGCUUGUUGGCAGAGUUCAACUGUAUAUACACUAUUCAACCAGUCGAGAGGAGAAUAAUCUAAAGUGUGGUUCUGUUGCGGAAACUGUGGCAUAUGAUUUGUUGUUGGAAGUUGCAAUGAAAAAUCAGCUCUUUCAGCAAAGAAAUUUAUUGCUACAUGGCCCUUGGAAGUGGUUGGUGAAUGAAUUUGCGUCAUACUAUGGAAUAUCUGAUGCAUAUACCAAGCUAAGAUACCUUUCUUAUGUUAUGGAUGUGGCUACACCAACUGAAGACUGUCUUACAGUAAUACAUGAUUUACUAUCUCCCGUGAAGGGCUAUAACAAGCACAAAUUAAGUCACCAAGAGAACCGCAUCCUUGGGGAAGUUGAGGAUCAGGUACAGCAGAUUUUAAUUGAGAUCUUUGAGAAUUACAAGUCAUUGGAUGAAUCAUUGCCAUUAGGGAUGAUGAGUGUUUUUAAGGCUCCCACUGGAGCACCAGCUCCUGCCCUGGUCCCCGCUGUCAAGCUCUAUAGCCUAUUGCAUGAUAUAUUAACUCCUGAGAUACAACAGAAGUUCUGUGGAUAUUUUCAGGCUGCUGCGAAAAAGAGAUCAAGAAGACACCAGACUGAAAUAGAUGAGUUCCUUUUGAGCAAUAAUGACGGAGCAUUGACGGACCCCACAACUCUUUCAAUGUCUUAUCAGAAGAUGAAAACUUUAAUUUUGGGUAUCAAGAAAGAAAUUUUCACUGAUAUAGAGAUCCACAAGCAGAAUAUUCUUCCUAGUUUUAUAGAUCUUCCAAACCUUUCAGCACCCAUAUAUAGUGUGGACCUUUGCAGUAGAUUGCGUGCAUUUCUUGUUGCAUGCCCCCCUCCUGGCCCUUCUCCUCCUGUAAUAGAACUGGUUAUUGCAACAGCAGACUUUCAAAGAGAUCUGUCUUCCUGGAAUAUUACACCUAUAAAAGGGGGAAUUGAGGCAAAAGAGUUGUUUCACUCUUAUAUAACAUGUUGGAUUGAAGAGAAGCGGCAUUCUUUACUUGAUUCAUGCAAAAUAGAUAAGGUUAAAUGUUCUGAUAUUAAAACAAGACAAUCAACAACUCCUUUCAUUGAUGAUAUGUAUGACCAGCUAACACAAACAUUGAAUGAAUAUGAAAUUAUCUUUUCUCGCUGGCCAGAAUUCGCCCUCAUCUUGGAAAAUGCUAUUGCAGACGUUGAAAAGGCUAUUAUUAAAUCUUUAGAUCGACAGUUUGCCGAUGUUCUAGCUCCACUGAAGGACGGCCUUGCUCCUAAGAUAAUUGGCAAAUAUGUUCAGAAAUUCACCAAAGGAACACCUGUCAUCUACGUUGUUCCUGAUGAGUUGGGAGUUCUUUUGAAUUCCAUGAGAAGGAUGCUUUUUGUACUGCAUCCCAAGAUAGAAUCCCAGUUGAAGUUGUGGUUCCCUUGCAUCCCACCUGACGGAAAUUCAAUUCCAGGAGAGCGUAUCUGUGAAACAACGGUUAUGCUGAGGGCCGACUUCAGAAGCCAUAUUCAAGCAAUUGUGGAGAAACUUGCAGAGAAUACAAGAGUUCAAACUGCUACAAAGUUGAGGAAGAUAAUCCAGGACUCAAAGGAAACCGUUGUCGAGUCAGAUUUAAGAAACCGAAUGCAGCCUUUGAAGGAACUCCUGAUAAAUAUGAUUGAGAACCUCCAUUCUGUAUUUGAACCUCAUGUGUUCAUAACCGUCUGUCGAAAUUUUUGGGACCGGAUGGGACAGGAUGUUCUACACUUCAUGGAAAACAGGAGAGAGAACAUGUCCUGGUAUAAGGGCCCAAGGAUUGCUAUUUUGGUAUUGGACGAAAUCUUCGGGUCACAGAUGCAGAAGUUGCUCGGAAAUGCACUCCAGGAAAAGGAUUUGGAGCCACCUCCAUCUGUGAAGGAGGUCCGUUCGAUGUUUGCGAAGAUUUUGUAAAUUACGAGAAGUACGGUAAUCUCGGUUUCAUUCUCAUGUACAGAUUUAGUGGUAAAGAGGAAAUUGCAGAGCUAAAAAGGGAAGGAAAAAUAGAAGAAGUGAGGGGAGGAGUACACAGACAGUUUGAUGAUCAUGUU